UCAUCAUCAUCAAUACAUUCAUUCCAUUUCUGUGUUAUGCACAAGAAUCAGACUUUGCAUUAAGACCUUUUUCGGCUAGUCUUCAACAUCAUCAUCCGCAUCAUCAAGCGAAUAGCAGGCGUCAGGAUGGUUUCCUGUCCUCUAUGAAUGAUGGCAUACAUCCUAUUGUACGGCAUCAUCCCCAUCAUUCCACAUUAACAUCCACAUCAAUAUCGGGUGUAUCUUCUUUACAUGAUGAACAAGAUUUUGGUAUGCUUACGGCACCGGUUCCACGUGGAUCCAGUAGUAAUCCCAGACCAUCAUUUCAACGAAUACGAUUGACGAAUCCAAAUUCAGCGCAAAGUCAAAAACCACCACCACAGCCAUUAUCAUCGCUUUCGUUUUCGAUGCCACAACAUACAUCAAGACAAAUUCAAUCACCAAAACAAUCAUUUGUAUUACCAGAUGAAUUUGUUCCGGUUACAUUGAACGAAUCACCAGCGCCGAAUUUUCAUCGUUUAGUCGGAUUACCACCAGCAUCAAGUAGAAUUUCAUUACAACCACAACCAGUGCCUAUUCCUUCACAAAUACCUAGACAAUCAUUUAGACGAAUCAAACCACCGACGAAUGGUAAUUGGAGAAGUACUAAACCGAAAAUACCAACAAUUCAGCCAACUGCAAUUGCGGUCGAACCAAGUCAAGUUCGACCCAACGCGGGUAGAUUGCCUUUAUCAUCUAACAUCGCCAUCAUAACAGCUAAUGACAAAUUAAUUGGACGUGGACCAAUCACCGGUGCACAGGAUGACGAUCUUUCACAUAAACCAAAUGCAUUGGAUAAUGAAGAAGAUUCAGGAAUUGGUAUUGAUCGUGAUCGUAGUAGUUCUUUCUACGGUAAUCGAGUAUCACCAUCUGAUACAAAUGAUGAUAAUGGGAUUUUAGUUAUCGAAAGUUUAUCGCGGAGUUCCAACAUAUUUGAACCGGUACGUACACGAUCGAAUGUUGGUCCACAAUCCACUGCCAUACCACCAAAUGUUGUUCCAACGCCGACUAUACCGUUGACUUAUUACACAACAUUUACUUAUUACACGACUGUUGUUCGUGGUCCGCAUACAGCUAUGCUUAGUCGUGAACAGGUAUCAUCAUCCACACAAUUGAAACCAAUCGAUCGAAACAUUGUGACAGCUAUUGAAUUUAGUGAUGGUUACAUUCAAUCAACACCUACAAAAGUGUUAUUAGGCACCAAAACAAAAGGUGCAACAACAACAAUCUACAAUGUUGCUAGCCGAGUACAAGUAUUCAACGAUGAUCUGUAUAAAGUCAUUUUUGCUACCAAUUCAAAAAUGAUACCUCGACCAUCAACCGUAGUGACUAAUGUGGCAUCAUCAUCAGUUCCGGUAUCAUCAAGUCAUCGUAUAUCACCGACACGUGUACAAAUUACACCAAUUUUAUUGGAAUCAACAAAGGUAAUGACUAGACAUCCCCCUGCUCAACACAAUAAUGAAAAACCGGUCACAGUUCGAUUGGAACAAUUACAAAAACAAUUGAAAAAACAGCUUUCAUUGCUUACCUAUUACUAUACGCUUAUUGAUGGGACACAAACACAAUAUAGUACAAGAGUGGAAGAAAGUUCCACAAAUUACAAUGGUGAUCUACAAACAUUAUUGCCUUCAAUGGCUCCAACAAUCGAUUCGUAUGGUUUAUUGAAAAUAAUUCAACCAAAUUCAAUUGUUCCACUUGGAUCACGUGCUAAUGGUGGAUCGACCACAAUUGUUAAUCUUGCCUUAAACAAUUACAUACAAUUCAGUCGUAUUAAAGAUGCACAGAUUGAUAUUGCGCCGACUUCAUCAUUGUCACCAACUUCACACAUUCAGCCAACUCGUUUGUCAACGAUAUCCAGUUCGAUGGAGCCAGAAGAACCGGAAACAUUUAGAGAAACAGCAAAACUUGGCAGUACAAACAUAUAUCUGGAUACAAGUACGCCGACACCAUCAUUAUUAUCGACGCCUACUAUAAUCGAGCCAAGCGAACCGAUUACAAUGACUAGUUCGAGAAGUCGUACAAGUUCUCCAAGAAGACCUGGUGUUCGUAUUAAACUCAAACCCAGUCGCUCGAAAAUUGUUAAUCAAAUUUCGAGAUCAUCUAUUGAAACAUCCGAACAAUCAUCUAUUCGAAAUGUACAAGAUUCAACCUCAUAUGUAUUAACGCCGACGGUUAUUGAUCAAACACCUGUAUUGAACACUAUGGAUCCGAACGAAGAUUCUUUAACACCAUCAUCACGUAAAAAAGUUGCAUUCACAUUACGACGACCAGGAUCAUCCGGUGGAAACAGAUUUUUCUCUCGUAGACCAUCUACAAAUCUAUUUAAUUCACCAAGUAGUUCCGUCUUAUCAUCACUUGAUAUAACAGCCAGUCGACCAUCUUCAGUGAUUGAAUCAACUAUGACAACAUCUUCUAUUUCGUCAUCGGAAGUUUCAUCCACACCAUCAUUACCAAAUCAAAUUGAUUCAUCAUCGUUGAACAGUUGGUCGGUCAUUUUUGGGCAGCCAUCACCAUCGCCAUCACCUAUUUGGGAACCAUCAUCAACAUUGAUUCCAACACCGACCAGUAGAAUCAAUAAAAGUCGUCUGGUUGUUUUAACUCGUUUGGCUGGUGGUGUGAAUAAAUGGUCACCAAUGUAUAAUAAUCGUAUAAGAGUUAGUAGUCGUCGAUUGAUUAAAUCAACACAACCCUUAACAUCAAUGAUAAUUGAUUCAUCAUCUAUGGAACCAUCAUCUUCACAUGAAACUUUAGUGUAUGAAACAUCUACUCACACCGUUCCAAUCAAUCUGCGACCAACUAGCACUUUUAUCAUGGGACAAGGAGCCAAUACUAGAGUAGUCGAUUCUAAAACACCAUCGAUCAAAGAUAUAACAAGAAUUAUACCGGGCGAAAAAGACUCAAUUUCAGAAAAGUCUACACAAUCUUCAUUAGCGGUUAAUUCUGAACAAGCAAAAACGUAUGUUGUUGUUGAAACAAGUGACAUACUAACAACUUCAACAUUGUAUUCUACAUACACCUAUUUCGCAACAUUAUUUAAUGGAACACAGACAAGCAUUACACCAUUGGAAGAAAUCAAAACUGAAUAUCUAACAUUGAGAGAGCCGAUAGUGAUAACGAAAACUAUUAUGCCAUCGGCACAAUUUACACCAACAAAUGCUUUCCAAUCAAGUCAAACUCCAUCAGCUAGUACAAUUUCGAUUGAUUCUUCAAUUGAUAGUUCGGAUGAUCAUAAUGUUGAUGAUAUGACUCGUUUGAUUACGGAAACCUAUUCAACGCAGACAACAUUGACCCAUUUUAUUACAUUAUUCAGUGGGUCACAUACGAUAUUAUCCUCUAUCGAAGAGAUUAGUCCAACAGUGAUGACUCGAACAAAAUACGUCACUCCAUACACAUUAUUAACAAGUAGCGUCAAUAGUCAAAUUAAUGUGAUGAUCGAUUCAAGUAAAAUUAUGUCGACUACAUCAUCAUCUCAACAAUAUAAUUUACCAAGUUCAACGGGAUACUAUGACGAUACAACCACAACCACAACAAGCAAUGAUCUAAUGAUCACCGAUAGUUUACCUACGGAUAAAUCAUCGCCUAGCCCACCAUUAACUACUCCCGGAUCAAUUUCAUAUGAAACUGGACCAUUAGAUCAAGAUUUCAUUAUGGUUAAUCAAGAUUAUAAAAAACCUAUGCCCAAUCGAACAUUAUCUAAUCAGCAACAAUCGACAACGACAACUGCUGUUCUUGAACCUGGAUCCGUUAUCGAAUUAGAAGAUCUUCUUGAUGGUGUUCAUGAUGCUGGACCGAUUGGUGAAACAAUCAAAGAUAUAGUCAAAGAUAUAUUUAUUAAAGAUGGUGAUGAUGAUACAUCCACUACUACAACAUUACCAUCAUCAAUAAACAAUGGACAGCCAGAUACAACUAUUUCACCAUCAUCAUCAAGUACAACUAAAGCCACUCCAUCAUUGAAUCGAUAUCCAAUGUAUUUGUCACCACCAUCACAAAAAUCAUCUAAAUAUUAUGAUUCUUCUCGAGAUAAUGAUGCCAUAUUCAGUACACAAUCAGAUGGCGAUAAAUCAACAGUCAGUACACGAUAUGUAACCAGUAUAGAAAAAUCCAUACGAACAUUAACGUUGACCAGCACAAAGGUGUAUUAUACACGCGAUUCUCCACUUACUAUUACAUCUGUGCUAACAACAACAUUACCUCCAAUAACAUAUGUAUCAACUAUAAUCGGUUCGAAAACUAUUUUGGGCACAUACAAUUCGAUUACGCCAACCAAAACGACAAUCAUGGAUAGUUCGACAACAUCAACAGCGCAAAUUGUUUCAAGCAUGCCGUCAAUUAUUGCAUCAACACCAUCAUCAUCAACGACGGUCAGUUCGACAGCCAGUCCAACUCGUCCACGAUUACAUCGUCCCAAAUUGGCCAACGAUAUGGUAAAUAGAGCUAAAGUAGCAUCCAUUCUAACAGGCGGCAAAACAUCUACGAUGAAACCAACUAUACAUAAUGGAAAUCAACAACAACCUAAUCUAGUCCGUAAUAAUCAUACAAAUAUAACGAUAGCCGUCGAUCAUCUACAGCUAUGUGAUCCAGCUUGUAAUGUCACUAAUAAAGAGUAUUGCCGUGAAAAUGAUAUACCAAAUCUAUACACUUGUGAGUGUCGACCAGGAUAUGUACGACGACCAUCAGAUAAUCUUUGUCAAGAAAUCAAAAAUUAUUUGGUGACUGUUCGUGUAUCCAAAACGGCUGAAUCUGAAGUUGCAGCCACAUCAACAACAUCAGAUGGUGAAUUACAGAAAUAUGCUCGAGUUGCUCGACGACAAGUUGGCAAAGCAGAUGGAAUUGCCGGUUUACAAGUAUUAUCCGUCGAACAUACAACUCGUUCAAGAGGUGCAUUAGUUAAUCUAACCAUACAGAUCAAUCAUCAAAGUAAUAAUGUUCAUGAUGAACUGUCAAAAAAAUUGGAACCAUUGGGACGUGUGGAAAAAGUGAUCGAUUUCGAUGAAUGUUCAUCACCCAUCCAUAACGAUUGUUCACCAAGAGCUCAUUGCAUCAAUGAACCCGGCAGUUACAGUUGCCAAUGUUUAGAGCCAUUCAUCGAUCUUGAUCGUUCAUUACCUGGUCGUUUGUGUGUGACCGAAAUUAAAUCUUGUGAUUAUUGUUAUGGUCGUGGUGAUUGUUGGCGAAAUAAUUCCGAUACAGUUUGUCGUUGUCAUCCAAUGUUCAUCGGAAGGCGAUGUGAAAUCAAUGGCUUGUUAUUGGCAAUAUUGGUACCAAUUGUAGCUAUUUUGGUCAUCAUCGCUAUCAUUUGUUUUUUCUAUUGUUCACGAAAAUUACGGCAAAGAAAUCGUCGUUUCAAGAAUUUAGCAGCAUAUGGUCCUGUAGCUGUAAUUGGUGGCACACUUGAUCGUAAAGCAAUGUUAGAAACAUCAAGCGAAAGUAGUGAUCCACAACAACAACAACAACAUCAUCAUCGAUCAUCACAAUACAUGAGCGAAUCAAAUCCGGCAUCGGCACGAGGAUCUAUGGCACGCCGUGGAAACCAAACAACAACAUCAACAUUACGACGUGAAAGUGAACCAAGUUUGGAUAGAAGUUUAGCAUCAUACAGUGCAACUGGUUCACAUUAUAAUUCUUUACCACAUCAAAUAGUGAUUCCACGUGCAAGGCCUACAUAUGCAUUACAUCCUGGUCAAGUUUAUAUGUGGUGAUAAUAAUAAUAAUAAUAAUAAUGACCUGUUCUCGAUUUUUAUUUCUUGAUUAAAUUUCUUUUUCUUUAUCGAACUUUAUUGAACCAUUAAGUUAUUUUAAUUAUUUUUUCCUAUCGCUCUUGGUAUCAUCUACUUCCAUUCAUCAUCAUCAUCAUCGCCAUCAUCAAUUUUUUUA